AUUUGGUUAAACAAGCUUACCCACAUUCCUACGAACCUACCUGGGCUGCACCUAAAUUCGAAUAUAUUCACAAACUAGUUAUGGAAUAUAAUUAUCGAAUAAACUUAAAAAGACAAUUCAAAUUUUCUCUUUGUGAACGAUGUAAUAAUAUCUCAAACAAAUUGAGUCCUGACAAAAAAUCAACUAAUACAACAAGGAAAAAAGCGGAUGAUAAAGAAACAAUUGAAUCUUCUUCGCCUAUAUCUGUUGCAAGUGAAGAUGAAAAUAAUAAGAACGCUAGUGAGAGUGAGACAAGCAGUAAUGAAGAAUCUGAAUUUGCGCUAGGAUACAAAUUAUUCAUAAAGUUAUCAGAUGGGACUUCAUUACUUGCAAAAUGGUUUGAAGAAUUGGUUACAACUAUAGAUGAAUUUCUUUCAUCAAUUCAUAAUAAAGUUAUUUCAUUAACUAAAAAUACUAAUACUUUGCCGAAUGAUUAUCGUGUAACUUUUAAAACACAAAGAGAAGCAGGCGCUGGCACUCAAUUAGCUGAUGCACAGGAUUUCAUCAAGUUUAAAGCUGAAUAUUCAAAACUAGCUGCGAGAAAGAGUGCCAUCAGAAUUUAUGUUACUGUUACACAACCUUUUGCUUCUCAAAAUAAACAAAAAAAGAAU